CACCAAUAUUUUCGGCCAUUUUGGACAGUCGGCACUUUGAAGUUUUGAUGAACACUGUACUACACAUUUUGCCUGAAUACACGCCCAUUUAUUUGUUUUUGGACACUUUCAAAUUAUCAGAGAGGGCAUCAACACUGGCCACUAACUGAUAAUGAUGGCCAAUAAUGGAUUCCAGGGAUCGUAUGCGAAUGAAAGGCCACCAUCUUCCACUGGAAGUGGAGGAGAUGCUGACAUGGCUUCUGAUCCAGCUUCCAGCAGUUUUUUCAUGAAUGAUUUCAAGAAACAUGAAGACUUGAAGUCAAUGCUGGAUGGUAACAAGGACAAUGUGAAACUUGAAGCAAUGAAGCGGAUAAUUGGAAUGGUUGCCAAAGGAAAGGAUGUUUCUGACUUGUUCCCUGCGGUUGUGAAAAAUGUUGUAUCAAAAAAUGCUGAAGUCAAGAAGUUGGUGUUUGUAUACUUGGUCCGAUAUGCUGAGGAACAACAGGAUUUGGCCUUGCUCUCCAUUAGUACAUUUCAGAGAGCUCUGAAGGACCCGAAUCAGUUGAUUCGUGCUAGUGCCCUGAGAGUCCUUUCCAGUAUCCGUGUGCCAGUGAUUGUUCCAAUCAUGAUGUUGGCUAUUAAGGAAUCAGUCAUGGACAUGUCUCCCUAUGUCAGGAAAACAUCAGCUCACGCCAUACCAAAGCUUUACAGUUUGCUGAAAAAAUAUUGUAUAGAUGAGGGGGAGACCAGCCUGGAUCCUGAACAGAAAGAGAUACUGGUGGAAGUCAUUGAGAAGCUACUUGCAGAUAAGACUACCUUGGUAGCAGGCAGUGCAAUCCAAGCCUUUGAAGAGGUUUGCCCAGAGAGGAUCGACCUAAUUCACAAGAACUAUCGUAAACUUUGCACUUUGUUGGUCGACGUUGAAGAAUGGGGCCAGGUGAUCAUCAUCAACAUGAUGACAAGAUAUGCGAGGACUCAGUUUGUUAAUCCUAAUCAAGAUGAUGCUGUCGAGGAGAACAGUGAGAGAGCAUUCUACGCUUCGAGUGAGGAAUCGGAGAAAGAAGAAGAGGAGGAGAAGCCGAAGAAGAAGGCAUACAUAAUGGACGCUGAUCACCGGCUCUUACUCAGGACAUGUAAACCAUUACUCAACAGCAGAAAUGCAGCGGUUGUGAUGGCUGUCGCCCAACUUUACCAUCAUUGUGCGCCGAGGACAGAAGUGAACUUGAUUGCUAAAGCUCUAGUUCGACUACUAAGGAGCCAUAAAGAAGUCCAGUAUGUUGUCUUGAGUAAUAUCGCUGCCUGCUCCAUCAAAAGGAAAGGAAUGUUUGAACCAUUUUUGAAAAGCUUUUACGUGCGAUCAAAUGAUCCAUUACCAGUUAAACUUCUAAAGCUUGAAAUCUUGACGAAUCUUGCCACAGAGACCAACAUAUCAACCAUACUUAGAGAAUUCCAGACUUACGUCACAAGUUCUGAUAAAGACUUCGCAGCAGCCACCAUCCAAGCCAUUGGCCGAUGUGCUAGCAGCAUUGGAGAGAUCACUGAUGCUUGUCUGAAUGGUCUUGUCUCACUCAUGUCCAACAGGGAUGAGAGUGUGGUGGCAGAGAGUGUGGUGGUCAUCAAGAAACUUCUCCAGAUGCAGGGUCAUUCUAAAAUGCCCACAGAACAUAAGGACAUCAUCAUACACAUGGCGAAACUUGCCGAUAAUAUCACUGUUCCAAUGGCACGUGCUAGCAUUCUUUGGCUGAUUGGUGAAUACUCGGACAGGGUACCAAAAAUUGCACCUGAUGUGCUGCGGAAGAUGGCGAAGAAUUUCAUCAAUGAGGAAAACAUAGUCAAGCUACAAAUCCUCAACUUGGCUGCAAAGCUUGCCAUCACCAACUCAAAGCAGACGAAGCUGCUCAGUCAGUAUGUGUUUAACCUUGCUAAAUAUGACCAGAACUAUGACAUCCGUGACAGGACACGGUUCCUGCGUCAGCUUAUCAUGCCGACGGAGAAGACGGGCAGUCUAGCCAAACAUGUCAAGAAGAUUUUCCUGUCAACCAAACCCGCGCCGGUGCUUCAGUCGAAAUUCAAAGAUCGUGAUCAGUACCAGCUCGGCACCCUGUCUCACCUGAUGGAUACUAAAGCCAGUGGUUAUCAAGAACUUCCUGAAUGGCCUGAGGAAGCCCCUGAUCCAACAAUGAGGAAUGUCGAGGUUGUCACGCCGUGGCUCGAUAUCAAACCAGACAAGAAGGCCAUCAAAAAGAAGAAAUCAUUUUAUUCUGAUACAGAAUCAAGUGUUGAUGAUUCUUCUGCAACGGAUGACAGUAGUGAAGAAGAAGAAAGCACUGAAGAAGAAGAGUCUGGAAUGGAAUCUGCGUCUAAGGAUGGGACAGAAAAGUCGGAGACGGAGGGCUCCGAAAAUUCCGACUCAGAGGAGGAGUCUGAGGAAGAAAGUGAGGAGGAAUCGAGUGAAGAAGAGGAAAGUGAAGAGGAGACGGAGAGUGAGAGUGAAGAAGAGAAAAAGCCACCACCGAAAGCUCAAAAGAAGAAAGGAAAAGAGAGUGGUGGUGGUGGUAAAAGUGCCAAUGACCUCUUGCUCGACUUGGAUGAUCUUGGCAUGUCAGCUGCAGCUAGCCCCGUCAUGACCCCUGGUGAUGUCCUGACCCCGACCAUGGCCUCUGACCUCAGUAGCCAUUCCCUUAGUGACAAGGUCAAGUCAGCUUCACAAGCGGUGUCGAGUGCAGUCUUCAUUCCAACUAAAACAUUUGAACUGGUGAACCGUAUGACAGGUGGAGGCCUCAGCGCUCAGUACAGAUUCACUCGAUCCAUGUCUGUCUUCUCACCCAAGAUGGUCUCCGUGGAGAUCAAUUUUAUCAAUAAGAGUGACAAGCCGGUCGUCCCGAUCAGAGUUGGUAACAGCAAGCUUCAGGCUGGAAUGGAACUGCACAGCUUCCCAGAAAUAAAUAAUUUAGAUAGUGGUGCUUCCACCUCAGUCACGAUGGGAAUUGACUUUAACGACACGACGCAACCUGCCAGCUUUGAGAUUUGUACAUCAGAAAGGAAGUUUAGCGUGACAGUCAAGGCACCUGUGGGAGAAUUAUUGCAGCCGAUUUCGAUGAGUGAAAACGAAUUUAAUAGAGAGCAAAGUAAAUUAACAGGUAUGAAUGAAAAUUCCAGCAGCAUAGAAGUACCAUCUGGUAACCGGGACCCAGGAGUGAUCAGCAGUAAAGUUUACGAAGCAGCGAACGUGAUCCAAGUGCCAGGAAUGAACGAAAAUGAAUACAAGUACUGUGCAAAGACAAUGGGGACAGGGUCAUUGGUGCUAGUCAAAGUCACCGCUAGUGGUAGUAAGGUGUCGAUAGUUGUUAACUGUGAGAAAAUGGUGAUAGGUUCAAUGUUGUUAAAAGAUAUCAAAAGUUCUCUGUCUCGGAUAUGAUUUUAUUGAUCGCUGUUUAUAAAUUGGGCACCCUUGGCGCAACUCGUUCGUAGGAUGCAUAAUGUAUAGCUAUAUUCAAGGUAAUCUCUGGGGUCAUUCCGUCAAAGACUGCUUGCAGCAUGAACUACUAUAUGAUAUUACUGACCACAUCAGUUAUGUAAAAAAAGAGUUAAAUAACAUGACAUCGCAUUAGAACGGACCCUAAAAACAAAGUAUGUUUGUUGCUGAUAUUGAUUAAUCUGAUUAUGGCUUGGUCGUACCUUCUGAUUGGCUGUCCUUGACAAAUGCAUGCCAUGAUAUGUAUAUUCUUUAUACUCAGAUUAAAUUGUCCUGAUUGUACACGGUUGUACAUGUAAUCAUGCAGGACAUAAACCAACCUCAUUCCUCUUGGUUUGGUCUGUGUGUGACCAUUGUGUUGUACAUAGUGUAUAGCAUAUUGUCCUGUCCACUGUCCCUGAUAGAACUGUCUGUCUCUUUUGUCUUGUGUCGGUACAUCUAUGUGUACAUUUGAAGUGAGUCAACACAAAAUGCAAUGCUGAAGGCUCAAUAUGCCCCAUAUCUAACAUUUGGAAUUAACAAUACCAUUGCUUUGCCUAUAAAAUGACUGACCUGUCCUACAAAUAUCGGAGCAUUCAGGUAAACAGUAAAACUGUUACGGUAAAAAAUGUUGUGGGAAAAGCACUUGAUUUGAUGCAGUGGCCUAUAAUUGCGUCAUUGCCUUAUUUGGCAACACUAUGCCUCGUAAUGUGCCUGCUGUUCCUAGUUGUUGGUCAUGUGUUGUCAAUUGCAUUAUUUCUCUACUUAUUUGAUGAGAUAAUUUGUUUCUUCCUCAAUUUACAUUUGCUAAUAUUUUGCUUAUGUUUGUGAUGUGGUCUCCAGUAUUACCAAGAAAUUAAUCGUGUCCUGGAAAUUAUAUAUUUCAAUGAAAAAUAAAGUUUGAU